ACCCCAAAACCUUCGCGUUCUGUACUUCGGUUUCGACCCAGAUGAAAGGAGUGCCGAGCUCCUUCACGCACUCACCAUGUGGAGGUUCGCGGGGGAGCCGCACCAGCGCUGCAGCGUCGCCGUCCUCGGCCUGCUCGUCGCCGGCUUGCUCGCCAUCACUCGCGCGCAGGAGGAGGCGCAGGCGCAGGCGAAGGGAGCCCCGGUGAGCCGCGCGGUUUUUACGGACUACUUCCGACGGCUGAGCCGGGAAAAGAAAGCCACGAGCCGGCCGGCUCGGAGCAGCGUCCCGCGGGAGCCUGGAGAGCUUGUGACCGCCGAGGACGUGUUCAUCGCGGUGAAGACCACCAGCAAAUACCACAGCAGCAGACUGGAGCUCCUUUUGGACACAUGGAUCUCCAACAAUAUGCAAAGUACGUACGUGUUCACCGACGGCGAGGACGCGGCGCUGAGGAAGCGGCUGGGUGUUCACCUGAUCCACACCAACUGCUCGGCAGCUCACAGCCGACAAGCGCUCUCUUGCAAAAUGGCCGCCGAGUACGACGCCUUCCUCAACUCCGACAGGAAGUGGUUUUGUCACAUGGACGACGACAACUACCUGAACAUGGGCGCCCUCUUGAGGCUGUUGUCGCAGUACAGCCCCACGCAGGACGUCUACAUCGGGCGACCCAGUCUGGAGCACCCGUUGGAAGCCACGGAGACGCUCCCUAAUGCUAAAACGAGGAAAGUAGUUUUCUGGUUCGCCACAGGGGGCGCUGGAUUCUGCCUGAGUCGCGGCCUCGCCAUCAAGAUGCAACCUUGGGCUAGCGAGGGCGCCUUUCUGUCGAGCGCCGAGCGUAUCCGUCUGCCGGAUGACUGCGCCGUCGGUUACAUCGUGGGGGCGCUGUUGGGCGUGGGCCUCAUUCGCUCGCCGCUCUUCCACUCGCACCUGGAGAGCCUGGCACUGUUGACGCGGGUGCACGAACAGGUGACUCUCAGCUACAGCAAUGAGAAAAACACCAUCCAGCUCAAAGGACCGUUUUCAAUACAACAAGAUCCAACAAGGUUCAAGAGUGUACAUUGUGUGUUGCAUCCACACACACCCUGGUGCCAGCGCUGAAUGCAGCCAGACGAGAAAAAAGAAAAGGAAUCUCCCAUUUUGGGAAAUGAAAGCGCCGAAGAAUGUGGGAACAGACGUGAAGGACAUGAGGGACGUUUGUCCUCAGGCCUGAACGAACCGAAUCAAUGAGGAGUCCAAUUUUUGGGGCGUGUCUUGAGAGCUUUUUGGAAAGUUUACUUGCCAAUGUUCGAAGUAACAAACCACAUCAUUGAGUCACUCUUCAUACUUGACAAAUGCUUUUGUUUUUUUCAUCCAAAGCCAAGCAAAGUCAUUUCUCUUGUUGUUCUGUAAAUAUUUGACUGCCUUUUCUUUCUGUACGACUCACCUUAAAAAUCGUUUUGUUUUAUUUUAUAAAUGCAGAAAAACAUGUUCUGUUAAAAAAAAAAAACUAGAGCUAGCUAGUGUCAGAGAUGAGCUAGCUUGUGUUCACACGCAUUGCAACUUCUCCGAGGUAAAAAAACAACUACUUUCAUUGGAUCAUUCAGACAGCUGUAACGUCAGCUGCUGCCGCCUGUCACGUUGUAAAAAAGCUCCAUUGUCUUUUAAUGUCUGGCACGCCACGCUGGACGCGGCUGCUAGCACAUGUUGGCUAUGCUCAUCCUUUAAACACAAACUUCUGUUCAGCACACAAAGGCUUCGUUUUGUGUGGAAACAAAUUGAAUUAAGCAUUGAUGGAAGCUGCAUCGUACGAUAAUGACGCCGUGUUACAUUGGAACGUGAUGGUUAGCUUAGCACGCUCAAUUAGCUUGUUUGGCUAGCAAAGGGUUACGCGACAAUGCUAGCAAUCAAAAGUGUUUUUGUUGUGUUGUUUUUAAGGAUAAAUAUAUUUCAGACUGAGUUUCAGUAUAAAGUUCAAAAGUUGUGUCAUCACACCCGUCCGUCCGCUUUAAACAGCAAUUUAUGAUGACUCAUCAAACUUAAUGUAGAAUAGCAGAUUUAUCAAAUGGUGUCUUUUUUUAAAAGGAUGAAUCCAAAAGUAUUUUUUGAAAGGAAUCUUCUGAAGCUUCCAAAUGACUCACAUUGGGUUGUCAUGCAUGAAUAAGGUUUUGAUGAAUUGCCUGCCAUAUGUGACAGACACACGCUCCAGCAUCUGGAAUCUAAAUCCAUUUACUGAUGAUGAUGAAAUAAAACAUUUUGCUCAAA